AUGGAGGGUUUCCUACAUCAUAUGGCGCCGCAGUUCCUGCACCCUGCCUUGCAAAGCUUUGGAUGUGGUGCAUUUCGGCCCAUCGGUGGUGCUUUUCAUCCCCUCUACCCUGGCAAAGCAUUCGCCAGACACCUAGGAGAACAGUACGCACUUGGACAAAGCGUUGGACAGGCCCUCAGGAAUGUUCGUGAUGACACCAACACGCCACCGCUAUAUCGGCACAGCUAUGCCGUACGAGACGACACCAGUUCUCCUGGAUCUGCAGCCUCAGCAUCCCCCAGACCCUGCAAGGAUGAUGAGACGACACCUGCUACUCCCUGCUCUGAUUCUCAUGACUUAUUUUCACCGGACGGUGAACGAAAGUCAUCUUGUGGAGUUUGCGGCACCAGGCUUGGUCCAGGAGUUGCUCAGGCCCACUUUUUACAAGAGCUGCAGCAUCUUUAUAGCUUGACAGCUUUACCUAGGGAUGUGUCCGCACCUCCUACUCACUCGCUUCAUCAUCAAGAUGAAGAUGCUCGUUGGGAGACGUAUCAACGAAUCCGUGCAAACCGCCAGCGGCGUCUCAAACUGCGUACGCGCAAGCGUCACCAUACAGUCGAAAGUAUGUUGGGCUAUGAUUUAGAAGAUGAGCGGCGAGAGGAAAGACCGCGUGAGACAAGGUCCUACGAUGCUGAAGACGAACCCGUUGACGUUGAGGGUGACUCCUUGGGAUGGCCAGAAGCGGCGAUCAACAUUGACGAUAAAGAACAGCGUGGCGAUAAUGAAAAAUUACAUUUGAACUAUUCCGAGGAUUUAGAAAUAUCGAGUACUAACGACGCGAUGCAGUCGCCUGAACGAGUGAGUUCUGUACCACGGAUGGAAACUCCAAAACCGUUAUCUCUUGAAUGCACAAAAAUUGAAACAGCCGAGCGACCGGCCGAGGUGACCACUACUGAGUGGGCCAGCGGAGCUCCACCGGAAAACUGGCCGACUUUGACCGAAGCUUAUGUGCAUGCUCGUCACAAAUUGGAAGGCGAGAUGCCUUCUUCUACCGAUUCACGCAACUAA